GCUCUAUUCUUGCUGCGCCGCUUCGGAUUGUUAUAGGCUUAAUUAAAAAUGGAACCAAGAAUAAAAGAUGCUGUUGAACGAUUGGAUCAUCUUUAUCAACGACUUGUUAAUUAUAAACCAUUACUCGAUCAAAAUGUUUUAAAUGCUGAAUUUGAAAUAAGAGCAAAUUUUAAAAAUUUAAUAGAAUUAUUAAGUAAACGACAAUCAAAUCUACUUAUUCAAUUGCAUAAUAUUGCCAAAGAGAAAUCUAUCCUCAUUGAAAGUAAUAAACAAACAGUUGAAUCCUUAAGAAGUGUUUUAUUACAAUCAUGUGUUACCAGAAAUGAAAUCGAUACAAAAAUUGGUGAUUAUGUUAGACGAGCUGAAUCAAUUAAUUUAACAUCAGAUUUAACACCAUUUAUUGCUUUCCAUAUUGAGAAUAUACAAUUAAAUGAAAUUAUUUCAACAUUUGGUCGACUUGCAUCUAGAUAUCCUGGUCACUUUGCUGAUCCAAAUAAACCUUCAGUAUGUUUACCGCAAUUAUUUGAAGAAGAAGAACAGAUAAGAAUUGGGAAUUCAACUCUUUCUUCUACUGUAUUCAAUCGUGUCCAACCAUUAUGUAUAUGCAAUGAUCCAACAUUAAAAAAAUGGUUAUCAUUAACAGAACAUAAAUGCAAACGAAGAACUUCAUCCGAUUCUUUGAGUAAUAUAGAUACAAUGAAAGAAGAAGAGGAUGGGAUGAGUUUCACUUCAAAAAAUGAUUAUUUCUGGUUGAGUAAAUUAUCUGAAAAAGGAUCAGUACAAGAUAAUUUCGAAUCCAGUAUUUCACAAUCAGCAGCUGUACGUGUACCAUAUUGUCAGCCACACUCGACACUUGUCCGUACAUGGCUUGAAUUACGAGAUGAUAGUCAACCACUGACAGUAGAAUCUACAUCUUAUCAUAAAGGAGAAUUAUACGGAUUGAAUAAUAGCUUAAAGCCCUCUAAUUUAAAACAAAAUAAAUCUACUUCGGAAAGCUUUGACAUUUUGACAAAUUCAUCUCAAAAUAUGUCCAGUUUAAAAGAUUGGUUAUUCUGUGAUCCGGCUGAAUUAAGAGAUAUGCCUGGUUUAUCGACAAAACUUAGUCGUAAUGAUGGCAGUAUUGGCUCUAGUGUUGGUAGUAAUAAUACCAGUGAAUACAGUACACGUUCAGUGAAAUCUUCAUGGUUAAUACCAGAGAAUACAACUUUAUCAAUUAAUAAAGAAAUGUCUACACUCUGCAUAGAUUCAUCAAAAAUCGAUAAUUUAACAAAGAAUUCAUUAUUUCCUGAACAUAUUUUUCAUUCUGGACCGAUUGAUUUAUCACGUUGGUUAAGACAAUCACCACCACCACCACAAUCGAUGGAUAAUAACAGUAGCAACUUAUCAAUGGAACAAAAUCAAUCUAUUAAUGAAGAGAUGAAUAGUACUACUUCACAAACAAAUGAAAUCACUACAAUGAAUCCAAAUAAAAUUAUUGAACAUAAUGGUAUUGUAGUAGAAUACUGUCCAAAAUUUGGAAUAUGUCAAGGCGGUCCUGGUGGACCGACAUGUUGUGGUGGAUGUUCUUUAUCGAUGAUAAAAAGGGACUCGAUUGAUGCAUCAAUACAAUCAAUCACUAAUGAAAAUUCAAUAAUUGGUAUUUCAUCAAAUACGCUAAAUAAUGAGAUGAAUUCAUGUGACAAUAAUAAUAAUAAUAAUAAUAAUUCAAUUGUAACUGAAUUAAAUCGUAUUGCAAAUAGUGAUUUAAAACAAUGGAUUGUUAAUGAUAAGCCAGAACAAUAUAAUAACAGUGUUGAUUGUUAUUCUGAUCGAAGGCAACAAUCGGAUUUUGUUCAUCCGGUAACUCAAAAUUAUUUAACAUCAUCAGCGCCUCAAACAAACUUUUCUGUUAUUGAUAUGGAAAUUGAUGGAAAAGGACGUGGAAUAGGAGAACUAGAUGAACCAGAUGCAUUAUCUAAUCCUCAUAUUCUUCUAUCACCUUCAAUUGAUAUAAAUGAAUGUAAAUCUAAAGAAUUCAAUGAGAAAACAUUUUUACCAUGUAAAAAGUCUACAUUAUUCACACAAAAACCAGUAUCCACAUAUUCUCAUUGGUUAAUUUAAUCCAAUAGAACAGUAUAUUCUCUCCAUGUUCAUAUGAAUUUUAACAGGAAUUGUUCCCUUGCCAACUCUCUCUCUCUCUCUGUGUGUGUGUGUGUCUCCUUUUGUUCCAUUGUGUAUGGACAAUCAAUAGAGUCCUAUUAUAUUCUUUUUAUGGGUUAGUUCUUUUCUCACUCACACACACUCACCUAUUUACCCAUGCCCAUUUGUCCCCCGAAAUAUCUUUUUUUAUUGUUUUGCAUUGACGGUCUAUUCAUCAUGAUUAUUCUCUUAUGCUUGAUUUUCUUUGGUUUUUUUCUUUGAAUUUUAAGUUUGGAGAAUGGAAAAAGUGAAUAAGAAAGAACAAUUAUUGAUUCUAAUGAUUUACAAUUGUAAUUAGGAUAUAAUUUCAAAAUACAUAUGAUAAUUGGUUUAUA